CCAGCCCUUCCUCCCGCGGUCCCGGCCUGCGAGCUCUGCUCUCCUCCGGCCCCGCCGCUCUCUCCUCAGCCCGCCGCCAUGUACCGCCGCCUGGGAGAAGCCCUGCUGCUGUCCCGCUCCGGGCCCGCUGCCCUGGGCGCUGCGGCCGCGGAUUCGGCCGCGCUGCUGGGCUGGGCCCGCGGACAACCCUCCGCUGUCCCGCACUCCGGGCUCGCGCCGGCAGCCCGGCGCCACUACAGCGAGGCGGCCGCCGACCGUGAAGACGACCCCAACUUCUUUAAGAUGGUGGAGGGCUUCUUUGACCGUGGCGCAAGCAUCGUGGAGGACAAGCUGGUGGAGGACCUGAAGACCCGGGAGAGCGAGGAGCAGAAGCGGAACCGGGUGCGCGGCAUCCUGCGGAUCAUCAAGCCCUGCAACCAUGUGUUGAGCCUCUCCUUCCCCAUCCGGCGCGACGACGGCUCCUGGGAGGUCAUCGAAGGCUACCGGGCCCAGCACAGCCAGCACCGCACGCCCUGCAAGGGAGGUAUCCGAUACAGCACUGACGUGAGUGUGGAUGAGGUAAAAGCGCUGGCUUCUUUAAUGACGUACAAGUGCGCGGUGGUCGAUGUGCCAUUUGGAGGUGCUAAAGCAGGUGUUAAGAUCAAUCCCAAGAACUAUACAGAUAAUGAAUUAGAAAAGAUCACACGGAGAUUCACUAUGGAGCUGGCAAAGAAGGGUUUUAUUGGUCCUGGCAUUGAUGUGCCUGCCCCAGACAUGAGCACGGGUGAGCGAGAGAUGUCCUGGAUCGCUGACACCUAUGCCAGCACCAUAGGGCACUAUGAUAUCAAUGCACAUGCCUGUGUUACUGGUAAACCAAUCAGUCAAGGAGGCAUCCACGGGCGCAUCUCUGCUACUGGCCGUGGUGUUUUCCAUGGCAUUGAGAACUUCAUCAAUGAAGCUUCCUACAUGAGCAUUUUAGGAAUGACACCAGGGUUUGGUGACAAGACAUUUGUUGUUCAGGGAUUUGGUAACGUGGGCCUGCAUUCUAUGAGGUAUUUACAUCGUUUUGGUGCUAAAUGUGUUGGUGUUGGUGAAUCUGAUGGGAGCAUAUGGAAUCCAGAUGGUAUUGACCCAAAGGAACUAGAAGAUUUCAAGUUGCAACAUGGAUCCAUUCUGGGCUUUCCCAAAGCAAAGGUCUAUGAGGGAAGCAUCUUGGAGGCUGACUGUGACAUCCUGAUCCCUGCAGCCAGUGAGAAGCAGUUGACCAAGUCCAAUGCUCCCCGAGUCAAAGCCAAGAUCAUUGCUGAAGGAGCCAAUGGACCAACCACUCCCGAAGCCGAUAAGAUCUUCCUGGAGAGGAACAUCAUGGUUAUCCCGGAUCUCUACUUAAAUGCUGGAGGAGUGACAGUGUCUUACUUUGAGUGGCUGAAGAAUCUCAAUCAUGUCAGCUAUGGCCGAUUGACCUUCAAAUAUGAAAGGGACUCUAACUACCACCUGCUCAUGUCUGUUCAAGAGAGUUUAGAGAGGAAAUUUGGAAAGCAUGGUGGAACUAUCCCUGUGGUCCCUACAGCAGAGUUCCAGGACAGGAUAUCGGGCGCCUCUGAGAAGGACAUCGUGCACUCUGGCUUGGCCUACACAAUGGAGCGAUCUGCCCGGCAAAUCAUGCGCACAGCCAUGAAGUAUAACCUGGGCCUGGAUCUGAGGACAGCUGCCUACGUCAACGCCAUCGAGAAAGUCUUCAAGGUGUACAACGAAGCUGGCGUGACCUUCACAUAGACAGGUCACAGCUGACUUCUUUAUCACCACUUCACCUAUAAUUUCUGCAGACCUGUCACAAGUUUACAUGUAACCACAGAAAUCUGUUCUUGUGACUCAUUAGUUAAUGGAUACUGUUCUCAGCAAGUCAGUCUGAAUCAGCCCCUUGAGAGAUUAGUUAGAGGAUCAUGUAUAAGCUGAUGUGUCAGUAGGAAUCACGUGUAUCAGAACCGGUUAGGUACUUUUUCUAAGUGCAGUCUCUGCCUGCCUCCUGACUGUGCUGCCUUGCUCUGGGCCCUUGCCAACAGGGUCAGUGCUGCUGGCAGGGAGGGCAGUCAAGAGCAGCCAGCCACUUCUGGACAAGUCUGGAAACUUGGACACAUAGAAGAGUAGGUGUGUGGCAUUUUCCAAAGGUGGCAUGGUCCUCAAAUGAGUUAUUGCUAUUUUACAUCAAAGUUGCAAAAAAAAAUGCUAUUUCUCUUAUGUAUUUUAUUCUUUGAGAAUAAAAUUAGUACAUGCUGCUGUAAUAAAAUUGCCUUUAAUCACUUAAGCCUGACCUCGACUCAAGCAGUGAAUGCCUAAAAACAUAAUGAAUGAAGAAGCUAGUUUUUAUAACAUAAAACAGUAUCAUUUGUAGCUAUUGGCACUGCAUUGUUGUCCAGGAAAAAGAACGUGGCACUGUGGGAGCACUCUCCUCAGACCUACAAGUGACAGGGACUCUGGGGAAUUUGUAACACAGUCCAGAGAGUGCAGUAACCUCCUUACCAUGAAAAUGACUUGUUCUUCCCAUUUGAAGAGCUAUUGUGUUGAGUAGUUGAACCAUAAUUCAAAUAGCGUCCCAGAAAAAACCUUGGGCUCCCUGUUUGGAAUCUGGCUGGCUCCACCUGACUGUGUGCCCCCCUUCCGAGGCUUUGCAUUCUGCACACCGCUUCACUAACAGGAGGCUGGAGACUGCCUGGAGUUGGCUUUGGAACAGGAAUGCUCCACAGAAGUACCAGAUAUUAUUUAUAUAAGAAGUGCUUUUUUUUUUAACAAUGCCCUUUCAGAAAUCUCUAACUACUUUGUAACUGCAUGAUUAACUUGGUGAUAAAAGCAGUUAUUAAAAGUCUACCUUUUCUAAA